GAUUCGCUCGUCGAUCGGACGGAUGGUCUUGGGUGUAAUUAAUACAUGAUUCUCUCUCUUUUGUUUUCUUGUCUGUUCCUUGCUAGCUGUGAAGGUCUAUUUGGGUUUGGGUUAAACCGUCGAUGUUUGCUUUUUUCUCACGGUCAUCCAUGAUAAUUAUAUUAUUACAGAUAAAGUUGGCCUAUAGCAUGAGUGCAUGUGAAAUUUGGACCAUGGCCUGGUCUGGCAGCGUGGUCGGAGGUGGGACGCCCGUCGUCCGUAUACGAGCACUCUCUAGACCACUCUCUGGACGUAGACCCGGUAAUCAAUCGACACCUCAAGACACGGCGUCCACAGUGCGCGCGGCGCCGGUUCGGGAGGGAGGGGGGGUGGAGGAGGAUGGGGUGGGCGAAGAGAUGACCAUGUGCGAUCAUGACAUAUACGCAGGGAGCGAGUCGCGAGCAAUCUACAGUAUCGUACAGCAGGAGUAGUUACAAGAGCGCAGCUGAGGGGAAGAGGAAUGAGACUAAAGCAGUAGCGUCUAAUCGCCAUCAGCGGGCGAUGGACCCUAGCUCGAUGAUGAUGGUGAGAGA